GCUAAAUGCUAAAUGCUAAAUGCUCGUAUAAAGUAUAAAGCCGUUCACUGCUGGCUUCUCUCACUUGCUUCCUGACUGAUCUUUUUUCCGCACCCAUCAGUUAUAUACAGGAAGAAAAGGCCAAAUAUGGCGAAACAGCAAAAUGGAUUUAGGGAAGGGUAGGGUAAAGCAUAAUUUAAUUAGUAUAAGUAUUUAUUAUUAUUAUUGUAAAUCUGAGAAUAAUAGGUAUAUAUAGUACUAGAUCAUGGGGAAGAAGAAACCAGAGAUGUCACAAGUUUAUAGCCAUUCAAAAAACGAAUUUAUAUUCGGUGAGAAUGGUGGAAAGGGGAAACAUCUUUCGUCGUUCCUCAAGAACUUAUCGUUAACGAGUUCAAGUUCUUCACUUCAAUCUUCAACGAAUUCAAAUGUUAGUACUAAUGAUUAUAAUGAUAUUAAUAGUAAUAUAUAUGGAUCUUUAAGUUAUGGGAAUUCAAAAGUUGGAUCUACUAGUUCUAAUCCUAAUGGUAUAAUUGAUAAUGGUCAUAGAAUUAUUCCUAAUCAAAGAUCUUUAAGUGUAGGUGCAUCAUUUUCUCAUGUAAAUGCUGCAACACCUCCUCCUCCACCACCAAAUGAAAGAUCAAAUACUUCUCCUUAUUCUCAUACUCAUUCUCAUAAUACAGGUUCAAGUUUAUUACUUAAGGGACCUCGUAGAUCUCAUUCAACUACAAGAUAUGCUGAUAAUGAUGAUGAUUGGGAUGCUGGACUUGAAGAAGUAUCUAAAAAUUUAAAGAUUGUUGAGAAUAAAAAUUUAUCAAGAGUGGCGAAUAUGAGUGAUUCUAUAAAUUUACAACCUCUGCCAGUAUUAGAUUCAUUAUAUCCAGAUUUAAUGAUUCCUAUAUCUUCAGGAAGUGCACCUGUAAGAUCUAGAUCAAAUUCUCCUCAAUAUAAGGGAAGAACUUCAAAGGAAUCAUUAGAUGAUGAAGAUUAUCAAAUAAAACUAGAAAUCAAUAGAUUAAAUCAAUUGAAUACAAAAUAUUCAAAAUUCAGAAGAAUCUUAACAUCAGAUAAUAAUAUAAAUUUGAAUGAAUUAAGAAAAAUUUCUUGGAAUGGUAUUCCAAAUGAAUUACGAGCAAUUUCAUGGCAAUUACUAUUGGGAUAUUUACCUACCAAUAAAACAAGACAAAGUUCUACAUUAAAGAGGAAAAGACAAGAAUAUAUUGAAGGAAUUGCAGGAGUAAUAACAAUAGAUUUUGAAAAUGAUAAUACAAAUAAUAAUGGAACUUCUGGUAAUAUUUCAUCAAAUUUAGGUUCUAAUAAUUCAGCAACAUCAUUAGCAAAUAAUAAUCGUGAUAAACAAAUAUAUCAUCAAAUAAAUAUAGAUGUAAAGAGAACUCAUCCUAAUAUUAAAUUAUAUAGUUACCCAGAAAUUCAAACAUCAUUAAGAAAAAUUUUAUAUCUUUGGGCAGUAAGACAUCCUGCAAGUGGAUAUGUUCAAGGAAUAAAUGAUUUAGUUACACCAUUUUUUCAAAUAUUCUUAGGGAAUUAUUUAUGGCAAUUACAACGUACAGUUUUUGGAGAAAAUGAAACUAAAUUAGAAGAUUUACAAUUAUUUAUACCUGGAUUAUUGGAUAGUGAAAAUAAAGAUGAAAAGGAACAAUCAUUAAUUAAUGAUCCUAAUUUAUUACAUUAUACCAUUGAUAAUAUAGAUCCAAGUUUAAUUUCUAGUCGAGUAUAUUCAAUAAUUGAGGCAGAUACAUAUUGGUGUUUAUCAAGAUUAUUAGAAAAUAUUACUGAUAAUUAUAUUCAUCAACAACCAGGAAUUAUAAGACAAGUAAGUGAAUUAAAAAAUCUUAUAUCUAAAAUGGAUCUUGAAUUAUUAAAUCAUUUAGAUAAUGAAGGAGUUGAAUUUAUUCAAUUUUCAUUUAGAUGGAUGAAUUGUUUAUUAAUGAGAGAAUUAUCUGUUGGAUUAAUUAUUAGAAUGUGGGAUACUUAUCUUAGUGAAACUCCAUUAGGAUUUAAUAAUUUUCAUGUUUAUGUAUGUGCAGCAUUUUUAAUUAAAUUCAGUAAUGAUCUUAAGGAAAGAGAUUUUCAAGAGAUUUUAUUAUUUUUACAAAAUCCUCCGACUACUUAUUGGAAGGAAAAGGAUAUUGAAUUAAUGUUGAGUGAAGCAUUUAUAUGGCAAAGUUUAUAUAAGAAUGCGAGUGCACACUUAAAGUAAAGUCAAGUAAAGUAAAGCUAAAUAAAUAGUAUUAGAAAUACACUACUAUAAUAAUACACUACUAUAAUAAUACUAUAACACAAUAAUAACAUAAUACUAUAAUUAUAUAGGGUAAUUUUUAAUGGCUGCAAUUUAUCCUCAUUAGAGUAAUCUCAAUUUUUCAGAGUUAUUUUUCUAUACAUUAUCAAUUUAUUAGAUGCUAACCAGUCACUAGAAAAAAAGUAUGGGGAAGUGCGCAUUUUGACUUCUCUUGAAAUUUUCUGAAGAUGAGCAAAGUAUGGGUGGUA